UAAUUAUUUUAAUGUGUAAAUAAUAUAAGGAAAGAAAUGGGAGUUAUGUAUGUAAUGAUUGUGAAAAUAUGAGUGAUACUGUAAAGGGAUGACAAAUGUAGAAGACAAGAUUAUAAAACAAGAUAACUACUAUAGUUCACGUCUGAGUUUGUAUUGCUUAUAACAUCCAGGUAUGAUAUGGCACAAUCAUCAUAUUUCGUUUGUAAACCACCAGCUAACCCUUUGCUAGCCCUGUUGAUUCAAUUUAUCAUCGGCAUGCAUAUUUUUUUUAUUUCAGGCUUCAGUAGGCUAUAAGUCUUGUCAAAUAACAGAACUUUCACAAGCAAACAAGCAAUUGCAUUCCAUUCAAAACAAACCUUCCAAACACAACAAUAUAAUCGGGUUUCAAUCUAAUCCAUAACAGCGUAAUCUGCUAAAUCCACCUCAACCUGGAUAACUGUAACAAUGAUUGACUGUGUCGGCAUGUCCUGAACAAAAUUAAAAACAUUCUAGAUGUAUUCACAAUAACAUUCCUUUAUAGUUUCUGAAAAGAGAGAUUUUUACUGUGUAAAACAUCAGUCAUCACUUGUUUUCCUUUUCAAUGCAUUGUUCUCAUAUGAGAAUUUCUUAAAAUCUUACAAGGUAGUUUCUCAAAAGAAGCAAAAUAUGCAUUAACUUCCUUAUAUUUUUUUGUCAUUCUUGAAAUUGUGUCUUCUCAGUGAAAUCAUGUCGACUGAGAAUGAGGAACUGCCAGCAACACAAACAGGUUUGACAAGUCUAACAUAUGUCUGUUAUAGUGGAUAAAAUUCACAAUAUGAAGUAACUUCUUGACUGCAAAACAAAACAAAUCCUAAAAUCUAGUCAUAAUGGUAAUACUGGACUAUCAGUAUACUGAUACACCCAUAAUGAUAAGCAAAUACAGAACCAAAGCUCAUUUAUUCAUUAUGAGAAAUCUUGUUUGGUCCAUUUUGCAUACCCCAGGGCCCAAAGGGGUAAUUCAUGACUGGAGAAGAUUCAAACUGGAGAGUGAGGACCACGACAGCAUCCCUCCUAACAAGAGAGAGCUCCUCAGACAGAUGUCCAACCCUAAAUCCAGUAAUGAGGACACACGGGAAAAGGUCAACCGCAAGAUGAGCAUGCAAGAAUACGAGAUGAUCCAAGAGGAGGACGAAAAUUGUCUGCGUGAUUAUCGCAAGCAGUGCAUGCAGGAGAUGCACGAGCGCCUGAGCUUUGGCCCCACGUUUGAUACCGUUUAUGAGUUGGAAAGUGGGGAGGCUUUUCUGGAGGUCAUUGAGAAAGAGCAUUGCCUGACUUUAGUAGUGGUGCACAUCUAUGAUGACGGGAUUAAAGGCUGUGACGCCCUCAACAAUUGCCUGACUUGUCUGGCAGCAGAGUAUCCCAGCGUCAAAUUCUGUCGCAUUCGGGCUUCCGCUACAGGAGCGGGCGAGCGCUUUUCAGACGACGUUCUGCCCACUCUGCUGGCGUACAAGGCCGGAGAGCUGCUGGGUAACUUCCUGUGUGUUACGAAGCACAUGAACGAGGAGUUCUUUGCCACAGACGUGGAGAGUUUCUUGAAUGAGUACGGUCUGCUACCAGAAAAAGAGUUUGCCGCCUGUCCCGAUGAUGUGGAUAGCGCUGAUGUGGAAUGACCCGAUUUUUGGGUCUUUAAAAUCUUUAAAAGGUGGCAAUGAAUUACCAGAAUCCAGCUGUCACACUGAUAGAUAUGCUAUGAAAACAUAUAGGUCUCGAUUUCAACAAAUACCCACUUCUAGGGUAUGUAUUUAGCCAUUUGAAGAGUACUGCAGCAGCAAUUCAUCAUUAUGUUAACAUCGGUACAUUAUUAUUCUCAUUUAUAUACACUCACCUAAAGGAUUAUUAGGAACACCUGUUCAACUUCUCAUUAAUGCAAUUAUGAUGGUGGUGUAAUGGUGUGGGGGAUGUUUUCAUGGCA